AUGGGAUCAUGUAGGUUCAGCGCCCGUGAGUUCCGACAGGAAAAUACUCCUAGGAUUAGCUCAUUAAGGCGAAUCUUACUGGAAUUGAAGACUCUGAAAAUGGAGGAUGUAGAUGCAGAGUUUGGCCCAGUGCGCAAAUCGCUGCAAAAAGUUGAUUCUGACAGAAUUGUACAGGACGCUUCUGUGGACCACGAACAACAAGCAUUUCUAAGAAAAAUUCGACUAGUAACGGGCGACAAAGCCUUGUCCAAGUCGCAUUCUUUGCAACCAGAUAAUUCUAGAAACACUCAAGAGGAAGAUAAUCAGAAAAGCUCUCUGACCGUCAAACGAUCUCGAUCAGGCUCUGACGAUGAUACAUCAUCUUCUCACCCCAAAUCGGCCAAGAUUUGCGAUCCUAGCUAUUCUCAAUUCCAAUUACAUCUGCUCAAGCAGUUAAAUAACAGCUUGCCAGCAGAUAGCACACGCCUUCCAAGUUUUGUUCAUGAGGCUUCCAAGGAAAUUGAACGUAUACUCAAACAAGCCAUUAUACAAAAGGAGAGUCAUUCGGCUAUUUUAGUAGGUCCCAGAUCUCAUUACAAGACUGCCGUUAUCAACCAUCAUAUAUCGUUGUUGAACCGAAGAUUUGGACAGCAAUUUGUUACUCUCAGGCUGAAUGGUUUGAUUCACACGGAGCAAGCUGCUAUUAACAGCAUUGCAUAUCAACUAGAAUCUCGGUUGCAAAAACUGCAUGGCAACAGAGGCUCCGAUUUCCAGAUAAGUGCGGGCUCCCUUACAGAGGUCUUUGAAAAGAUUCUGCGAUUGAUUGACACUACAACGGUUCAAAAUACAAGUGCUUCAACUACCUCUCGAGACGAAAAAAUAUCCGUCGUAUUCAUUUUUGAUGAAAUAGAUACAUUUGCUGGCCCUCUCAGACAAACGCUACUGUACAAUCUUUUUGACAUGGUCGAGCAUGCUCGGGUACCUGUCUGUAUUUUAGGCUGUACAACGAAAAUGAAUGUUGUUGAGCAUUUGGAAAAGAGAGUAAACAGCCGAUUUUCUCAGCGUGUAAUUUACAUGCCUGUAGUGAAAACUUUGAAGAGUUUCCUCAGAGCAGUCGAAGAACAAUUAACAGUGGAUAUUCCUAACGAAUGCGCAGUGCAAUGGAAUCGAAACCUGAAGAACAACCUACAAAACGAGACUUCUGGUUUUUUUAAAUUAGUCAGGAACAACUACGAAACGUUCAGAUCUAUUGUUCAGUUGAAAAACAGUCUGUAUGGACUCUUAGCAAAGGAGAGAUCCCUCGAAGCUGUGAUCGAUGGCAUCAACACGUGCAAGUCGAUUUAUGCUUAUAACCAGAAUCAGCUCGAAAAUUCGUUGAGCGCAAAAGUGAAGUCAUUGUCUGAUCUCGAGCUUGCCAUGGUCAUUGCGGCUGGCAGAGUUUCGCUCAAGACAGGUGAUAAUGUAAAUUUCAACCUCACGUAUGCAGAAUAUUCGGAUAUGGUGAAGGAAACUAAUAAAAGAAUGCCAAUUAUUCCACAAGCCACCGGCACCUCAUUAAUGCUCGAAAGUACGCUUCGAGUGUGGAAUAAACAAGAUGCCAAGAAUGUGUGGGAAAACUUGACAGACUUGGAUUUUCUUGCUGAGAAGGGCUCAAUUGGUCUUAGAAUCUCCGCUUUGGCAGCGUUCCAGGCCAGUAACUAUCACACCACGGGGACAAUUAUCCCAUUUGACCUGCGAACGUAUCAAAUGCAGAUAAAUCUUCAAGAGCUGCGACGCACGGUGCCAAAGUCUUCCAUAUACUACAGUUGGACACAACUAUGA